CCGCUGUUUCUGAGAGGGGACUUCUUGAUAAGCCACCUGAAUCGCCACCCUAAAAAGUGUUGCCUUCUGGCGAGCUCUCCCCACCUUAAAACGUAAACCGUAACCCACUCCAGCCUUGCUCAUGUCUUGGUACAAUGCUAGUACUAAAUGUGCUUCUUUUUCAAGGUUUGACCAUUGAUCCGAACCAGCAGAAUCUGGGCUUGCACCGUGGGCUGUGGGCUGCCAUGGCUCGUGUCACGGCUCACGCUGCGCCCGCGAUAUGGACGGCUCUGGUCUUGCACAUUUGGACGGCUUUGGCCUGGCAGGAGGCUGCCAAAGAUCUUCCAGUCCCCUCGCCUGCGCAGCUGCGCUAUCAGUCAACGGACUUUGCCGUUUUGAUUAGUUUCAACAUGGGGACCUUUGCUCACAAUGGCGAUCCCUGCUGUGACCAGAGCAACUGGAACGUGAAGGCGCCCUAUGCGGCGGGAAAGACCAGGGACCCGGCAACUUUCAACCCCACCAAAUUGAAUACGACACAGUGGAUGGAGAGCAUCCAGGCUCUAGGGGCGAACAUCGCUGUUUUAACAGCCAAGCACGGCUGCGGCUUCGCGCUUUGGCCAAGCCACGCGACUCUGCCGGAUGGAAGCCUCUACGGGUACAAUGUGGGGAUGCCUGGGGCCAAGGUGCAAGUGGAUGUGCUGAAGAGUUUCGUUGAUGCAGCCAAGAGGGCUGGAAUUGGCUACGGAUUCUACUACUCCAUCGCCAAGAACUUCUACCUUUGCCGCAACUUUUAUGGCGGAAACUCCUGCACGAAAGAAGUUCUUCCCGGCCAGAAGAAUCUGACCGAAGAGGAGUACAGGCAUGUUGCCCGACAGCAAGUCAUUGAGCUCUGGACCAAGUAUGGCUCGCUGGCGCGCAUUUGGGUGGACAGUGCCCUAGAUGGCAUGGGGGAUUUGAUGGAUGAGCUACAACCUCAGGCUGCCGGCACACUGUCAAACCCUGUGGACUGGUGUGGAACUGAAUCUGGACACCCAUCGCAAGAUGUGGGGCCGCAGGAUGUUUGGAGCAUUGGCACUGGCACUCAUGGCGAUUUGAACUCGAGUCUUUGGGUGCCGAAAUUCUGUGAUCCACAGCUCUUCCGACAGCAUGUUUGGUUCUGGGAGCCACGGUUACAGGCUCGGAUGGGUGUCAGAAAUGAUCUCCAUCUACCACGACAUCGUGGGGCGCGGCAUGACCAUGGAGCUGGACGUGGCGGUGGAUCGCACAGGGCGAAUCCCCCAGAGCCAUGUGGAGGUCUAUCACCAGCUUGGCAAUUGGGUCCGAGAAUGCUACGGAUCGCCCUUGGUGAUGACUGCUGGCUAUGGGACGAACUUCACACUGCGAUUGAAUGCAGGGCAGCACUUUGAUCGAGUUCAGCUGCAGGAGGACAUCGUCACUGGCCAGCGGGUGAGAAACUACACUGUGAGCUUCACAGGGGCUGGACACCAUUGGAUCACUGUGAGGGCUUCCGCCAUUGGCCGAAAACGCAUUCAUAUGUUGCCCUUCAUCAUCCAGGUCACUCAGCCGUCCUUCUUGGAGCUCCGGAUCGAGCACGCUACCGCCGAGCCGCAGAUCAAACAGUUCGCCGCCUUCGCGCCCUGCGCCAAGCAGGGCCCGGAGCGCGUCAUGGUGAUCUGAAAAA